AUGCAACGUAUCAUGCGCACGUCUGCGAAGAGCACCAGACUGAAUGCCACGAUCCACUCGCCGAAGUCAGAAAAGAACGGGGAGAGAAGAUUUCACUUUGCUCUCGCGAACCUUGUGACUAAGUUCGCGUGCCACCUUGUCUCAUGUAAUCGGCUAUUUUUGACGCCUAAGGCACGUCGAUUGCAUCUCAUCCAAGCGCAUGGAUACCCUAAGGAGUACUUCUUCGCUGUCACAAAUAAAGGCGUUGGGGGAUUAUUGAAAAAAUGGGGUGAAGGCGCGACGCUGAUAAGAGGUGAAUGGAAACCAAGGGACACUCAAGCGAAUACGAGCGAAUCAGACAAUCCCGAAACUGAGACCAGAACCUCUGAAGAAGUAGAAGACAGCAUGCAUAUCGUGGAAACAAGGCCGGUGGUUGGGUCAUCAACGUUCGUGUCUAAUCCGGCGACAUUCACUGGAGACGAAGCAAAUGACUCAGAAGUCGGACACGAAGAUUAUGAUCUGGAAGCUUUAAGAGACUCUAUGACCUCCUUAUCGCUCGUCCCAUCCGCGAUCCGAUUUGGCCGUGGUGGAAAGGCUGGUGGGUUCGGCCACCGAGGUCGCAGUGCUCGUGUCCCUCAUCAGUCUUUCCAUUACGCGCUUGGGGAUCGCGGGGGAAGUUCGGGCACUGUCACUGCUCCUCUUAUAUCGAUGACUGCAGGGACUACUCCACCUGAUCGCUCGCAGAUGUCAGGGAAGGAUACUUCAGGGGCAGUGUACACGAAUGCAGGCCGCGGAAGGAGGAUAAGAGGGGCGGGAAGAAGAGGUGGAAGCCGGGGUAGUGUAUCUGGUUGACAGAUACUUCCAGCGGUCUGUCGUAUUGUGCAGGUAUGAAGAAAAUAAGCUAUGCAUCAUGCUACGCACAAACCUUCACGAGGAACUGGCAGUGGAUGGACGUGGAAACAUUGGUUGGGUUUGCUGCUUUGCUCGAGGCAGAGAGCGAAGAAUUUUGCCCUGGCGCAGUUGCCCUCCGAUGAUGGUCGGUGCUUCUUUCUUAGUGUACACUCGUAAACCAAGGGUGACUUCAUAGUCCUCUGGAUGUGGC